AUGGAUGAAAACAGAGAAAAUGUGCCAGCAUUAUCAGAAUAUCCAGUGAUAAAUUACAACUUUAAUACGAGUUUUAUACAGAGAAUGGAGAUUUUACUUCUUAACAUACUUGGUUGGAAUAUGAGUUGUGUCACUCCUUUUGCUUUCAUAAAAUACUUUGUAUCAAGAUUCUGCAGAGAAAAUUCAAGAAAACACUCUACUAGAAUCAAAACUGUUCAAAUCAUCAUGAGUGUACUUGGAGAUGUGAGGUUAAUGAGUCACAGGCCGUCUGUAAUAGCAGCAGCUGCAGCAUUAUUAGCAGUAAACGAAGAUUUGACUAGAGAAGAAGUGGAGAAUGAGAUAUAUGUCUUGCAUUUAAAUGGAUUUCUUGAAAUUGAUAAUGUGUGGUGCUGCUAUUAUAAAUUGCUAGAGCUGAACUAG